GCUUCAAAGAAGAGAAUGUCAAGACGCAGUAGCCGUUUACAAGCUAAGCAGCAGCAUGCCCAGCCCAACCAGCCAGACUCUCCCCAAGAAGCCCAGAUAAUUCAAUCCAAGAAGAGAAAAACAGCACAGGAUGUCAAAAAAAGAAAAGAGGAGAUCACCAAGAAGCAUCAGUAUGAGAUUAGGAAUUGUUGGCCACCUGUACUGUCUGGAGGAAUCAGCCCUUGCAUUAUCAUUGAAACACCCCAUAAAGAAAUAGGAACAAGUGACUUCUCUAGAUUUACAAAUUAUAGAUUUAAAAAUCUUUUUAUUAAUCCCUCACCUCUGCCAGAUUUAAGCUGGGCAUGUUCACAGGAGGUUUGGCAAAACAUGUUACAAAAGGAAAACAGAUACGUGCAUGACAAACAUUUUGAAGUUCUGCAUUCUGACCUGGAACCACAGAUGAGAUCAAUACUUUUAGACUGGCUUUUAGAGGUCUAUGAAGUAUACACUCUUCAUAGGGAGACAUUCUACCUUGCCCAAGACUUUUUUGACAGAUUUAUGUUAACACAAAAGGAUGUAAAUAAAAAUAUGCUUCAACUCAUUGGGAUUACCUCAUUGUUCAUUGCUUCCAAACUUGAGGAAAUCUACGCUCCCAAACUCCAAGAGUUUGCUUAUGUCACUGAUGGUGCUUGCAGUGAAGUAGACAUCUUAAAGAUGGAACUCAAUAUAUUAAAGGCUUUAAAAUGGGAACUUUGUCCGGUAACGGUCAUCUCCUGGUUGAAUCUUUUUCUCCAAGUUGAUGCUGUUAAAGAUGUUCCUAAGGUUCUUCUACCUCAAUAUUCUCAGGAGACAUUCAUCCAGAUAGCUCAGCUUUUAGAUCUGUGCAUUCUAGCCAUCGACUCUUUAGAAUUUCAAUACAGAAUUCUGGCUGCCGCUGCCUUAUGCCAUUUUACCCCCAUUGAAGUGGUUAAGAAAGCUUCAGGUUUGGAAUGGGAUGACAUUUCAGAAUGUGUAGACUGGAUGGUGCCUUUUGUCAGUGUUAUAAAAAGUGUAAGUCCAGUGAAGCUGAAGACUUUUAAGAAAAUACCCAUGGAAGACAGACACAAUAUCCAGACACACACAAAUUAUUUGGCUUUGCUGAAUGAAGUAAACUAUGUGAACAUCUUCAGAAAAGGAGGGCAGUUAUCACCAGUGUGUAAUGGAGGCAUUAUGACACCACCGAAGAGUACUGAAAAACCACCAGUAACUCACUGAAGUUAACUAAUUGGAAUCAAAUAAUGGAUAGUUUUUCAUAUAAAUGAGUUUUACAGAAAGUAGUGCUGCGCCUGUCCUUGCCUGAGGAGUUACACUGCCAUUCUUUUAUUUAAAAACUAUGUCAAUUUGGCACUAAAUGCCUAGGAUACAUAAAAUCCUGGGUUCAAUCCCCAGCACUACAAAAGAACAAAACAAAAAGCUUCAAAAAAUUGGCACUAAAGUGAAGUACUUCCUAUAAAAGAGAACUUGUUUACAAAGGUGACUUCUUCACUCCCAAGGAUAGUGGAUGGAAGCCAACAACAAUUUAUGCUAUAGCAGUUAGAUGGGAAGA